AUGGUUCGAACAAAGAAGGGGCCUGCAGUAUCAAAAGGAUCAAAGGUUCACCGUGAUGGAGGCAAAUACAUACGACAUAAUCGCAUAUUCAACGAUCACACUGGCAAACCAGCCUUGAUGUUAUGGAGUGCCCCUGAACGCGAUGGCCUGCUGCCCCCUCUCUCUUCCUGGAUAUACUAUAUAGUCCAUCCAGAUGUCCCGCAUGAUUUUAACGGCAAUGCGCUUCACUGGGGCUUAACUCUCCCAUUGAGCAUCGGUCAAGGCAGUUUAUUUCGCUAUGAAUACUUCUUCCUGCCUGGCGCUACUGCUGAAGAAUACCACGCGCACUUUCUUAGAGAGAUCAAGGCUCAAGGUACCAUUUGGCGCCAUAUCCGCAAGGUCAACAGAGCUAUAGAGCUCAAGAAGCAGGAAAGCGGUCCACAAGAAGAGGAAGAUAGCUAUUUGAGGUCUGCUAGCGACGAGGAAGACAGCAAAUACAAAUUGCAUGGGUUCAUAGGGCAAACAGAGUAUAAAUGGGUUCAUAAUCCGUCCUCUAACGAAGACUAUGCAAAUUAUUAA